AAAAAAAAACUUCUCCUCGUUCUUCUCCCUCUGUCUCUCUCUCUCUCUCUCUCACUCUGAGCUCAAGCGAUUUCAUCCCAUGGGAAAAAUCUCUGAAGUGAUUAUUUAGCACUCUUUUUUUUUUUUUUGUCUCCUUCUGAAUCCAUUUUUAUGGAUCUUGGAGUUCGUGUUUCGAGUCAUGAAACCGGGUCUUCUCCGGGCCAAACAGAACUCGGAUCUGGUUUCAUCAACAACAACAAGCAAGAAAGAUCCGGUUUCGAUGGUGAAGAUUGCUGGAGAAGUUCAAAGCUCUCAAGAACAUCAACUGAUGAUGGCUUCUCUUCUUCAACCUCUACCGCAGCUAAAACGCUGUCGUUUCAUCAAGGCAUCCCUCUACUGAGAUCUACCACUAUUGAUCCUCGUAGGGGACAAGAACAUAUGCUUAGCUUCUCUUCUGCUUCUGACAAAUCAGAUGUCUCGCCUUAUCUUCAGUACUGUAGAAACUCAGGAUAUGGUUUAGGAGGGAUGAUGAACACAAGCAGCAUGCAUGGAAACUUGUUGACAGGAGUAAAAGGUCCUUUUUCACUGACUCAAUGGGCUGAGCUAGAGCAACAGGCGUUGAUCUAUAAGUAUAUCACAGCCAAUGUCCCUGUGCCAUCUAGUUUACUCCUUUCUCUCAAGAAAUCUUUUUUCCCUUAUGGAUCUUUGCCUCCUAAUUCUUUUGGAUGGGGCUCUUUUCAUCUGGGCUUUUCCGGUGGUAACAUGGAUCCCGAGCCAGGGAGAUGUCGCCGGACAGAUGGAAAGAAAUGGCGGUGCUCGAGGGAUGCUGUUCCCGAUCAAAAGUACUGUGAACGACAUAUUAACAGAGGCCGCCAUCGUUCAAGAAAGCCUGUGGAAGGCCAAAAUGGCCACAAUACUAAUGCUGCCGCCGCUUCUGCCGCUGCUUCUACCGCUGCUGCAGUGUCCAAAGCAGCGGGGACUUCGGGUGUUGCUAUGCGUGGAUUAGAUAACAACAACAAUAGCCUUGCAGCUGCUGUUAGAACUCAUCAUCAUGCCAAUAACAAUCAAUCUACAGAUUCUUUGGCUACCAGGGUUCAAAAUUCUCGUGCGGCUUCGGUUUUUCCUACCGCCAUGAACUUACAACCGAAGGAUCCUCAUCCGAAACAAACCAAUAAUAAUCCUUUUGAAUUCGGACUUAUCUCCUCUGACUCGUUACUAAACCCUUCGCACAAGCAAGCCUCCUAUGGGAACUCCUCAAAAGGCUUUGGAUCGUAUCUUGACUUCAGCAACCAAGCGAAGCAUUCGGGAAAUCACAACAAUGAUGAUUCUUGGCCUGAAGAGCUGAAAUCAGAUUGGACUCAGCUCUCAAUGUCAAUCCCCAUGGCUCCAUCUUCCCCUGUUCAAGAUAAACUACCACUCUCGCCUUUAAAGUUAUCGCGUGAGUUUGACCUGGGAUUAGGCGUGAACACCGAGUUUCUUGAGCCUGGGAAGAAGGCGAAUAACUGGAUACCAAUCUCCUGGGGUAACAAUAACUCCAUGGGAGGUCCUCUUGGUGAGAGGUGGAUUGAUAAGCCAGGUCUCAAAGAGGCGGUGUUGGACGGAUGGGGAAGUGAUGAUAUUUCCGUCGAACGAUCCAUCCUGAUUAAAGACCUCCAAGAAAAGAUUGACGAGACCUACGGAGAUGAUCAAGCAUCGUCGGAAACUCUCCUCAACCUAAAAUGGCAGCUCUGUGAGACCUAUAGGGAAGAGGAAGCAUACUGGUACCAAAAAAACAGAGAAAUUUGGCUUGCAUAUGGAGAUAAAAAUACAAAAUUCUUCCACGCUUCCACAAAACAAAGGAGGGCAAGGAACAAGAACACUGGAAUCCUUAAUCAGCUUGGAGUAUGGGUUGAUACAGAACAAGGAAUAGAAAAAGUAGCAGUGGAGUACUUCAGCAACAUCUUCUCAUCCUCGAAUGUGAGCGAUCCUACAGUGGCCAUUAAGGAUGUUCCUACUUUGGUCACACCUGCUAUGAACGAGCAUCUCACGAAAUAA